CUGCUUUGCUUCGCGUUUCAAAAGAUGGCUUCCGCGCUCCGCCCGGGCGUGCUUGCGUGCGGGAUCCUCGCCAACACAUAUGUCGCGAAGCUGUACAUGUCGUUCGGCAUCCGCAUCUCCGGCAAGAUUGGCACCGACGAGGGCGCAAACGCAUCGAAAGCGCAGCUGAACGAGGCAGAGUACUCGGGACCGUUUUUGGCUGCGCUCCUCUACCUGUCUGCGAAAGGCGUCGAGUGCUCCUACGGUGGUGUGAUUGCGCUCCUCGGCCAGGUUGUCUACACCUGGAGCCGCAUCUUCGGUCUCCCCAUCUUCCCCAUCGGAGCCCUCACGAGGUACAUUGCGCUCCCGAUGCUCAUCACCUCCAUCUACAAGACCCUCGAUUGAGCGGGGCGUUUACGCCGCAGCACGAACCCCCCUCGCUCAAGGACUUUUGCGCGACUGUAGUUCAAAACGGGUCUUGAGUCCAUGUGCGCCAGGUGGACUCAUGACUGUGCGCCAGGGGGAAGGGUGGCGUCACGACGAUUGAAUGCGCACGCAAGGAUCUU